UCCGCUGUUGUUUUGCUGAGCGAAACCAGAUUUAGUCUGAGUUUAAAUAAAUAAAAACAUUAAAAUUAAAAAUGAUCAAAGCGAUUCUGAUCUUUAAUAAUCAUGGCAAACCGAGACUCAUCAGAUUCUAUCAGUACUUUGCGGAGGACAUGCAGCAGCAGAUCAUCAGAGAGACGUUUCACCUGGUGUCCAAGAGAGACGACAACGUCUGCAAUUUCCUCGAAGGCGGCAGUCUGAUCGGCGGUUCGGACUAUAAGCUGAUCUACAGACACUACGCCACGCUCUACUUCGUCUUCUGCGUCGAUUCGUCCGAGAGUGAACUCGGAAUCCUCGAUCUCAUACAGGUCUUCGUGGAGACGCUGGAUAAAUGCUUCGAGAACGUCUGUGAGCUCGACCUGAUCUUCCACAUGGAUAAAGUACAUUAUAUCCUACAGGAAGUGGUGAUGGGAGGGAUGGUUCUGGAAACCAACAUGAAUGAGAUUGUAGCUCAGGUGGAGCUUCAAAACAGGAUGGAGAAAUCAGAGGGUGGUCUCUCCGCUGCUCCGGCGCGAGCCGUCUCUGCCGUCAAGAACAUGAACCUUCCCGAAAUCCCUCGCAACAUCAACAUCGGCGACAUCAACAUCAAAGUCCCGAGCCUGUCCCCGUUCUGAGCCCGUCCACCCCCGGCUGAUCCGGGUCCCUGGACCACCUUCGUUUCAUUUCAUUCCUUUUUUAUUCCUAGAAUGUUUCUGACCUCCAGCGGACGCUUUUCACUUCUUUUUUCCCAGUCUAGUCGGGCCCCGCCCUGGCCAUCACGUGACCCAGAGGGCGACGCCCAGUUCGCCUCCCUCUCUCAGGUCCACAGCUGAGAUCCGAAUUCGAGAGCUCGAGGGUCUUACAGUGAUCGCUUUUAUCCAGAGUGACCAACAAUUAUCUUUAAAUACAGUUUAAGGUUAAAUACAAUUGAGGGUUGAGGGCCUUGCCCAGGGGCCCAGCAGUGACAACUUGGCUGUGGUGGGGCUUGAACCAGCAACCUUUUGGCUACCACUGUCCAGCUUUAAGUCGUUAGUCUAGUUCCCUAAGGUCGGAACACAUGAUAUAUCCAGGUGGGCUGGAUAACAGCGGCCUCUGCUGGCUGCUGGAGGUACUGCACAGAGACGCUGAAUAACGGAGAGCAGUGCCUGACUCUGUGUGUGAUCAGAGAUAUAUAACCAGGGGAAGUGGAUACGACUAGAUUGGGAGAAAAAGGGAAAAAUACAGAAAUAGAAUUUAAAAAUAAAUCAAAUAAAGCCAAACAUUCUCAGAGGUCCCAACAUUCCCGGAUGUGUAGAAUUACAGGAUGCACAUUUUACUGCGAAUUAUGACAUCAUCAACUGUACAUGUUAUUUAUGUUGUACCUAAUAAUAAAGUUAAGUUUUUUGUUCAAA